CGUGCCAUUCCCGGUGCAAUCAAAGGAUGGCUUCGGCGCUGCUGUCCGCGCUGACGUUGGUCGUCGCCAUGGUGGUGGCUGGCGUCGUCCGGCCGUGCCGGGGCGAGUUCACGGUGGUGGUGCCGGACGCGGGGGCGCUGGUGGACGCGCCGCAGACGGGAUUCUCGGACCGGGCGCGCACCGACCCGGCGGAGCAGCGCGCCGUGCUGGAUAUCAUGGCGGCCACGGGCAACGGCUGGGCGUCCGGCAUCGCGGACGUGUGCCGCGGCCGGUGGCACGGCAUCGAGUGCGUGCCCGACCGCGGCGACGUCUACCACGUCGUCUCCCUCUCCUUCGGCGCGCUCUCCGACGACACCGCCUUCCCGGCCUGCGACGCCACCCGCGCCACGCUCUCCCCGGCCGUGCUCGCGCUCCCGCACCUCCGCUCCCUCUUCUUCUACCGCUGCUUCACCGCCAACCCGCAGCCCGUCCCGCCGUUCCUCGGCCGCCUCGGCCCCGCCUUCCGGUCACUCGUGCUGCGCCAGAACGGCCACGUCGGCCCCAUACCCGCCGAGAUCGGGAGCCUCUCCGGGCUGCGCGUGCUCGACCUCCACGGCAACCAUCUCUCCUCCGCCAUCCCGGCCACCGUCCAGUCCUUGGUCCGCCUCCAGCUGCUCGACCUCAGCUACAACCGGCUCGCCGGCCAGGUGCCAGACCUCAGGUUCCAGCGCCUCAGCAUCCUGGACCUCAGCCACAACGCCCUGCAGGGCCGCGUCCCGGCGAGCCUCGGGCAAUGCCGGUCCCUGCUGAAGGUCGACCUCAGCCAGAACCGCCUCGCCGGCACGAUCCCGGACGCUCUCGGCGACCUGCCCGACCUCAUACUGCUCGACCUCAGCCACAACGCGCUGUCCGGCCCGAUCCCGGCGGCGAUCGGCAGGCUGUCGACGCUGCGGUCGCUCAUCCUCGGCGACAACCGGAUGCAGUCCUCGACGGUCCCCUGCGACUUCUUCACGGGGCUCGGGGCGCUGACCACGCUGGUGCUCUCGGGCAUGGGGCUGGAAGGGUCGCUGCCGGAGUCCAUCGGGGGUCUGACCCAGCUCCGCGUGCUGCGCCUGGAGAGCAACGCGUUCACCGGCGUGAUACCGGCGAGCUUCCGGCGGCUGGAGAAGGCGAGCGAGCUCCGCGUGGACGGCAACCGGCUCGUGGGGCCGAUCCCGUUCGGCAAGCAGAUGAUGUGGCGGCUGGGCAAGAAGCUGCGCGUCGGCGGCAACGAGGGGCUCUGCUACGACGCCAAGCAGGAAGGGCUGGAGGGCGUCGUGGCGCUGGCCGGCGUGGCCGACUGCGGCAGCGUGAGGAGCCGCACCACGACUCAGCACCUGAGCUGGAAGAGUAGCGGCGGUACGACGGCGACGGCGACGGCGACGGCUAACGUGACGUCGUCAGCCGCAGAUUCAAAAUCGAUUUCUGGGCGGGGUGGUGGGCACUUUUUCUUGGUGGUUUUGGUGUGUUUGCAGCUUGCAUUGUUGUAGGUAGAAGAGCUGGGCUUCUGUGCCGGUUAACGUCAUUGGUGGUGCAGAGCUUUUUACACCGGGAAGAAUAAGGAAUUGUACAAAACGUUCUUGCUGAUUGCGGCUUUUGCCCGCUGUGGCCAGGUGAAAAUUGUUACAAUUA